AUGGUCGAGUUUGAGCGCUUCUUGCCGGCUUUGGGCGCAGCGCACUUUUCGGAGUGACAGACAUGGACUCCGCCGAGGUCAUCUUCUCGCUCUUCCUCGUCGCGGUGGCCGCGGUCUCGCUGCUGUCCAACUUGUUGGUGCUGUUAUGUUUCGCACACAGCACCGAGAUCCGCCGCCAGGUGCCCGGAGUCUUCACCAUGAACUUGUCCUUCUGCAACAUCCUGAUCGCCGUGCUCAACAUGCCCGCCACCCUGGCCGGGAUCGUCCGCGAUCGGCAGCCUUUUGGGGAUUGCGCGUGCCGCGCGGUGAGCUUCCUGGACACUUUCCUGACGGCCAACAGCAUGCUGAGCGUGGCGGCUCUCAGCAUCGACCGCUGGAUCGCCGUGGUCUUCCCGCUCAGCUACUCCACCAAGAUGCGCUACAAGGACGCGCUGAUCAUGGUGUGCUACGCGUGGCUGCACUCCCUCAGCUUCUCCAUGUGCGCGCUGCUCCUCUCCUGGCUGGACUACAGCCACGUCUACGCCUCGUGCACGCUGCGGCUGAGCGAGGAGCGCGACAGGGUCAAGUUCACGGUGUUCACAGUGGUUUUCCACGCGGCCAGCUUCGUGCUGUCGCUGCUCACGCUGUGCUUCACCUACCUGAAGGUCCUGAAGGUGGCUAGGUUCCACUGCAAGAGGAUCGACAUCAUCACCAUGCAGACUCUCUUCCUGCUGGUGGACAUCCACCCCAGCGUGAAGCAAAGAUGCUUAGCAGAGCAAAGGAGGAGAAAGCAGAGAGCCACCAAAAAGAUCAGCCUCUUCAUCGGCUCCUUCAUCAUCUGCUUUGCUCCUUAUGUUAUUACCAGAUUGACUGAGCUUCUGCCCUUUGUGGGCAUCAACCGCCACUGGGGAAUCAUCAGCAAGUGCCUGACAUACAGCAAGGCAGCGUCCGACCCGUUCGCCUACUCCCUCCUGCGUCAGCAGUACAAGAAGGUUUUGGUUACUUUCGUCAACAAGGUCCUGCGCCGUGACCUUUACCCAUCAUCUGGCCACAACAGCUCUAUGGACACCGAGAACGACUACUGCCUCCAGAGGAUCACCUAGGAGCAAAUGUGGAGACAUGACAGAUCAAUGCUACUGCCCCCCAAAAAUAGAGGUGUCCUCCUGGAAGAAGGCAACAGGAGUAAAGAGAGAGAAUAUUUGGUGACGAAGGAAAGCUGGUGGGGGAAGCGGGGUGACAGAUUGUGGGUGGAGGGAGAGAAUAAAGAGGACGGUGGGCAGACAAGAGUGAAAAGACAGUAACGAAGGGGAGGAUGAAUGCAAGAGAGGGAGAGAAGGAGAAGACAGAGCUGUGGAAACGCCGACCUCAGUCAGUAAACAGGAAGGCUGGAUCUGUGAUUCACCGGCUGACACCAAACAUCACAUGAAUCAAUUUCAUAGUCAUGGUUUCAGAUUAGUCACAAACUGCAGGAAACCCUUCUGUGCCGCUGCGCUGUCCCUCCCAGGCAAAGUGAGUGUCGGCUAAAGUGGAUUUACGCUCACCUUUUCAGGAUAUUUCUUCAUCCACAAAACAAAGAUUUAUAGGAAAGAUGCAGGAGGAAAACUGUGCUCAUGCACUUCUGGAUAACAAGCUUUCUUGCAGACGUCGAGAUGUUCUCCAGCUGUGGAAAUUGCAAGUGCUGCACAUGAAUGCCAUGAUCAGUAACAUUAGACUACACUGUAAAAAAACAAAACAAAAAGAAAAACUGAAACAACUCAAAAAAAUUUAUGGAACCGGCUGCACAUACUUCCUGAAUUUACUCAUCAGUUGGAUUAAUUUAUAGGAACUCAAAGAAUUAUGUUUGCUCAACUUCAAAUUUUAAUUCACAUCAACUCAUAAUCUCAAAUUCUUAUUUUUGCAAUACUGAGUUUGUUGAGGGGAAAAA